CUCGUUCUCUUUCUCAUCUCCUGCCAUUCCCACCUUCCUCUUUCCUUCUCUCCAUUCCCUACCUUCACUGCCCAACAUCUCUCUCUCUCUCUCUCUCUCUUUCUCUCUGUAUGGGGAGGUCGUUGAGAACGUGCAGCGCCGGCGGCCAAGUAUUUGCCGGAUCUCGGUACAAAAUGUGGCCGAGGCGACGCUGUGUGACCGCAAAAAGGAAGGUGGUACAGGAAAAGUCGAUCCAGGUGAAAGUGAGGAAGCUUCAGCGGCUUGUGCCCGGCGGCAGCGGGCUACCGGCCGAUCGCCUUUUCACGAGAACCGCAGAUUACAUCUUGUUCUUGAAGAUGAAACUCGGUGUCUUGCAGGCGUUGUCCAAGAUGUACCAGCUAUGAAUCCCGCACCAGACAAUCUUUUGCCUUUUCCUUGUCCCAUCAUGGAAGGCCUUCAUUACCACCAAAUGCUGCUGCUUCUGCUGCUCUUUCCCUCUGUCUCUCCCACUUUGGCUGGUUUUUGUACAUUGGGUACAUCUAUUUUCCCUUCAUUUUUUCGUUUUCUUUUAGGAUACUUUCCUUUCCUUCUUUUUCUUUUUUUUUCUCUUUCAGAAGAUUUUGAUAGUGGGGGCAACGGCUUGUUAACAAUGGUAACAUGCAGGACAAAAUGUUCUUAGGUUUUUUGUGAGUUUCAGUCUGGAGAUGAAUUGAGGCUCAUUGAUUUGGACUUGAGAACAUUUUGGUUCCACUAGGAAUAGAUCUCCACAUUGUCAUGGAUGUCAAACCAACAUCUUGUAAACUUUUCCUUAUCUUGGAUUUUCAAAUAAUAAUAUAGUUUCUCCCGUUAUUACA